AUGACGGAAGGAAGAUCACGCGUACAGCAAAACGACCUCCUGCUGCACGAAGCGGUGAUCAAGAAUGAAGCGGCAGCAGUGAGGGAAGCCCUGCUGAGACCUACUGAUGUCAACUGCCGGAAUAAUUACGGCAGAGCUCCCAUCCAUUGGGCAGCAAGCAGAGGCAACGUGGAAAUAAUUAAAUUACUCAUCGAUGCGAAGUGCGACAUCGAAGCGGCCGAUAAGUUCGGCAUGCGACCGCUACUGAUGGCCGCAUGGCACGGUCACCUCGAGGCCGUCAAGACGCUCGUCGCAGCGGGCGCCUGUCUUGCUGCCACCAACAAGGUUUGCCGCACUGCACUGCACGUUGCGUGCGAAGGCGGCCACUCUUCUACAGUUGCUCUCCUGGUUUCCAAAGGAGCGGAUAGAGAAGCACGCGACAUAUCUGGCCGGACACCGCUCCACCUAGCGGCAGUACAUCGACACACGGAACUCGUACGGGCAUUACUCGACGCCGAAUGUCACGUCGACGCCACUGAUAAUAACGGUGUAACAGCUCUGCAAAUGGCAUGUGCUCAAGGCUGCCGAGGGAUCGUCGAGCAUCUGUUGACAUUCGGAGCGAACGUACAUUUGCAAAAUAAUGUGGGGUCCUCUGCGCUGCACGCCGCAUGCGCAGCUGAUGCUACAGACAUCGUGGAGUUGCUGCUUGCACACGGAGCUGAUCCCGCACUAACUGAUCAAUCUCCAGUGAGCGUGGCCGGUGGUGGUGCUGCAGACGGACCCCCCGAAGGAUUUCGUAGAGCGGCCCGAGGCUCCUUCUCCGCCAUCUUGGAUCUCCUAACAGCAACAGCUAAUGUUGAUCAUCAUCAGGACCAUUCCGAUGGAUCGACAACACCCCGUGAUAAAUCCGGGGGACAUUCGCCCGCAGCUAAUGAAGGAUGCGCGCGGUACCGCGAGCUAUGCUACCGCGCCGCGCAUGCGCAUUUGCCCGACGACACCGCGCCCCGCCCCUGCGACUGUACAAACUGUGCCGCGCGCCGCCUAUCUGCACCGGAGCCCUGA